AUGUUCCUAAUCAAGACCAUGAUGCCUAACCCGCUGGCUGGUUUGAAUCCUAUGGGUGGAGGAGAGGAGGAAGCGGAGGCGGCCCCUGCAGACCCGGCCAAAGCAGCAGGGAUGACACGCGAGGAGUAUGAGGAGUACCAAAAACAGUUGGUGGAGGAGAAGAUGGAGAGAGAUGCCGACUUCUUACACAAGAAAGCUGAGAGGGCAACUCUGCGGGUGUGCCUACGAGACAAGUACAGACUCCCAAAGAGCGAGCAGGACGAUAACAUGCUGGCCAUGGCUGGAGACGACGUGGACGUACCCGAGGAGCUCCUCAAGAUGGUGGACGAGGAUGCCACGGAGGAGGAGGACAAGGACUCCAUCUUGGGUGGCAUUCAGAACCUCCAGAACAUGGACAUGGACCAGCUCAAGGAGAAGGCCUCGGCCACCGUGACGGAGAUGAAAGCCAAGGCGGAGGAGAAAUGCUCUGUCAUGUAA